CUAAAUUCUAAUAACGGGUUUGUGAAUUGAAAUCCAAUUUCUCUUUCGAGGGUUUUAAGUUUUGCCCUUUCGCUUCUUCUGUUCUUCUCUAACUGAACCUAGCUGAUAAAUUCAAUUUAACAUAUCUGAAUUCGAUUAUUGAAGCAUAAUUAUUGAAAAGACAAAUGGAAAUCGGCGAAGGCGAAGAGGUAAACGUUGAAGAACUCGCGAGCAACCUCUUUACUUACAAGGACCAGCUCCAACAGGUUCGCAAAUUAUUGAAGGAUGACCCAAAUAACUCUGAAUUUUUGGACAUGGAGAAGGAACUUGUGGAGGUGAUUGCAUUGACAGAGGAACUUCUGACAACUGCGAAACAAAAUGAUGGCAGUUCUGUGCCUGGUGCUGGCACCAGCAAUGAAGCAUCUCUAAAUCCUCAUGUUUCUGAGAGCUCAUUGCAUGCGAAUGCGAGGUCGAGUUCUAAUUAUGGUGAUAAGCUUCCCGUUGGAACCAAAGUUCAAGCAGUCUGGAGUGAAGACGGAGAGUGGUAUGAUGCAACAAUUGAGGCUCAUUCUCCAAAUGGAUAUUAUGUUUGCUACUCUGGAUGGGGCAACAAGGAAGAAGUUGAUCCUGACAAUGUCAGACCAAUCCAAGAAGACACUGCCGACCCUUUAUUGGAAGCUGAAAAGAUUGCUGUGGCUACAAAAGAAGCCCUUAAACGUAAAAUUGCCCAAGCUGCCUCUAAGGAUUUCGAGUCAUGGUCUCUGCCACCAAAACUCCAGAUUGAUCCCAAUGAUCCUGAGGAUGUGAAAGCUGCAAAACGUAAGAAGAUACAUGCUUUCAAGUCCAAGAUGCGGAUGGAGGCAAAAGAGUUUACACAGAAUAAAAGGCAAAACGCAUGGCAGCAAUUCCAGACAAGUAAAGGAAAGAGUAAAAAGGUUGGAUUUUUCACUGGUCGAAAAAGGGAGAGCAUAUUUAAAUCUCCGGAAGAUCCUUUUGGGAAGGUUGGGGUGACUGGAAGUGGGAAAGGUCUGACAGAGUUUCAAAAACGAGAAAAGCAUCUCCAUCUCAAAGGAGCGAAUAUUGAAGGCGCGGAGGAUUGACUAUCAACAUGAGCUUCUUUUGUUUUCCUCUUGUUUCCUUCCGUGUGUAUGGAUACUGAGAGUAUUUCAUGAUCAAUUUGAGUGGCAUUGGGGACAUAUUAUGAUUGUGAAACAAAGAUAUUAGUGCUAUAGUAUUAUUUGGAAUAGGAUCUGAAACAUGGCAUUGCUCAACUUGUUACUUCUCACAAGAAAGGACUUGCAUCUGAUGGUGUAAAAUAAUACUUUUAGACAAAAAUUUGUUGAUUGUAAUCCUUUGAAAAUUAUCCAAUCUAACCUUGUCAUUUAGUUUGGUUGCCUUUUAUAUUACUCAUC